GUGGCGGGUGAGGCGGCUCUGGUGCGCGUGACCGAGAUUUCGGUUCGGACCCGGUGGUUUGUAUAUAGGGAGGCGCAGUAAGAGAGGGCGCUACAGGUUGACAAUGGACACUUGGGCUCUCGUAGUCGCUCAUGGGCCUCCUUCUGCUCCUUGUUCAUGUGAAAGCGAGACUCGCCUGCUGCCAACUCCAGUCAGUCCCAGGAAGAGGACCCUCGCCCAGGCACACAGACACAAACUCAGCGAACGAGAGAGCGAGAGGACUUAGGGAUUGUGCUGUUGUUCUUCCACCUGGGUACACUCGCUCUCGAGCUCUUUUCUUCGUCGUUUUCUUCCUUCCCUCUCCUCCCUUUUCGCGCUCCCUGCAGAGCUCUGCUUCUCUCCGUAUCAGCGACAGGUCGUUUGCUGCCUUCGUCGGGCGUUUUCAUGCGUGAGAGAGAGAGAGAGAGGGAGGUGUGGUGGUGGAGGGUGUAAAGUACGUUGAAGUGGAAGAAGGGUUGCUUUCGUAGAAGGAACAGAUGCGAGACGAGGCUGUGGCGAUUUGAUCCAUCAGGACUGUGGCGGUCGAGGGAGUGUGUGGGGGCGAGGAAGAGAUAUGAGGGAAGAGAAUCAGUGACCUAACGGGAGGAAAGAAUCCCGACAAGGAUGCUCAUGAUCGACUGGAGGUCUGUGCCGUGCGGGUGCCCGUUUGGUUGUGAAGCAGGGCAGACGCUGGUUUUGACCCCGUCGCGGAGUUGUGCUUCUUGAUAUGCUUUCGAAGGCAAGCCCUUCUGAGUGCGAUCACUACGGACGAUAUUGCCUUACGGAAUUCGGGAUAUUUGGGCCACGUUUUCCCGCGGAGGCCCGAGGCCAAGUCUGUAUUAUAAGUGAAGGUAGAUGGAGGAGUUUUCUUGCUUCUCCUGAAUCUUCGAGGCUCAGCAUUUCUAGGGCUUUCGCCUAAUGAUUUCUGUCUCAACCGCUUCUCGACUGGGGAGUUCCAUGCAGAAAUUAGCUGCUAGGGCCAGGAUAUUACCUGCAGCUGCCUUCUUAGCUUGAGGAAAGAUGGCGGGAAUGGAAGUUGAUGAUGGUCCGACAAAAGUUGGGGGUAAGCGGGGCUUCUCUCGUUCCGGAAUUACUGGUAGGGGAUGGGUGGGGCAGCAGGUGUGUCGAUACUGGCAGGAAGGACGGUGUAUCCGAGGAGAAGACUGUCAAUGGGUUCACCCGGACGGCGCAGGGCCCACUGGACGUCCUCAUGCCAGUAAUGGCCUUGCCAAUAAGAGACCCAGUAACGUCAUUGACAACAGGGUUGAUAAUCGUUUAGAUAAUCGUGGAGGUUUUUCUGAUGGGGCAUCGGGAGGUUUUUCAAGUGGCAGCGGAGCGAGGCGUAAUCCUCCUUCUGCUAAAUGGGGCCGCCCCCACAGCAAGAACAAUCGAGCUGGAGGAAGAACGGCGCCAGAUGUUGGAAGGAGACCUCGAGAUAAAGUAUGCAGUUUCUGGUUGAAGGGCAAUUGUCAAAGAGGCGAUGAGUGCAACUAUCUUCAUGCUCAUACUGCAAAUUCGGACAUCAAUCUGAUCAAGCAAUUGGACGGCCAUGGAAAGACUGUACGAGCUAUAGAGUUGCCUCAUGGCUCCUCCCACCUUUACAGUGGGGGUCUUGAUCAGACACUCAGGGUUUGGGAUUGUAAUACUGGAGAGUGCACAAACGUUGUCCCCAUGGGUGGAGAUGUCGGAGCACUUUUAAGUGCAGCCACGUGGCUCUUUGUUGGUCUACCGAAUGAAGUGAAGAUAUGGGACAUGCAAACACAAGCUCAGCAAAGUUUGUCUGGACCUCAAGGAAUGGUUCACUCUUUAGCAGUCAGCGCAGACAUGCUUUUUGCCGGAAUUCAAGAUGGCAGUGUUUUGGCCUGGAAGUUCAGCACCAUUACAAACGCGUUUGAGCCGGCCGCUUCUUUACUUGGGCACAAUGGAGCGGUUAUAACGUUAAUGAUUCAUGGCAGCCAGCUUUUUUCAGGCUCUAUCGACAAGUCUAUCAAGGUCUGGGACUUAGGAACAGGACAGUGUGUUCAAACUCUUCAAGGUCAUACUCAUGUUGUGAUGCGACUACUUGUCUGGGACAAGUUUUUGCUAUCGUGUUCUCUCGACGGCACAGUAAGAGUUUGGGGUCCAAAUUCUGAGGGCUUCUUCGAAUCAAGAUAUACACACCCUGAAGACAAUGAUGUAGAAGUUAAUCCACGAAGCGUCGAGUUAGCUGGAGCAUUAACCAUGUGUGGCACGAUGGAUUCCUCUGGGAAACCAGUCUUGAUAUGUUCAUACAAUGACAAUACCGUUCACUUCUACGAUCUCCCAACGUUCUCAGAACGAGGAACCAUACAAACUCGUGAUGAGGUUCGUGCUAUGCAAGUAGGCCCGGGAGGUCUUGUAUUUUCUGGAGAGGGUAGUGGGGGUGUUAAGGUGUGGCGUUUUGCAGAUGCUGCGACUAGUUAAAUAAACUAGUGUGUCUCAAUGAAAACUUGUGAUGUUUAAGUACCGUUGGCAGUAGAAAGUACCACCUGAAAAGAAGAUGAAAAGAAGGUGAUGUGAAAAGAUGAAGGUGCAAUGUCGGCGUUCCGAACACUUUUCUGAGGAUCUAGAUUGUGAACUAGACGAGCCUCUCAUUUGGGGCCUUGUUUAUCAGUUCCCCUGUUGUUCAGCAUUAGAUAGGGGAAUAUUACGGCUGAAAGGAACUGCUGUCACUUCCGUAGAAAGUUAGUCAUGACCUUCUUGAAGCGUCUCUUGAACCUCUUGUAGGGAUCGGCUGAAGUUAGUACAAAGCUUCCACCUUGCCUGCAAGGAGACCUAAGGUCGAUGUAGGCUUUGUUAUUUCCCUCAUGGCUUAGCCCAAGUCCAGGGUUGGAAAGAGCGGCGGGGUCUUAUUUAAUUCGAAGGUCUUUUUACCAGUGACCUACUUCUCGCUUUUGCUUUUCCUGCUCUUUCAGAAGUCGAAAUACGAGGCACCGAUUUCCUUCAUCAGCGGUGAAAUCUCCGUUGUAUUUUUUUCAUCUCUAUUGAUUAUGUAAUUGAAUUAUGGAGCUAUCAGCGG